AUGACGACGAGACCGACACAAACACCGUGGUCAGAAAUUGCAAUCGAGAUAGCCGACAUGACAACUAGGUCGAAAAAAGGAAACUCUCAUAUUGUAGUUAUUCAGGAUUUGAGUACGAAAUAUGUCGAAUUAUUCCCCACUCACGAUAAGAAGAGUAAAACGACAGUAAAAAUCUUAGAAUCGACAUUUGAUCGUUGGGGUACACCCCAGAGUCUAAUCUCAAACAACGAGACUGAGUAUUGCAAUAGAGAAGUAUCGAGUCUUUUAAGAGCCCGAGGGGUUAAGCACCACACGAGUCCUCUAAGUCAUACCCAGGCGAAUCGGGUAGAACGCGUGAAUCGUAAGAUAAAGCCAAUGAUAGCUGCGUUCAUUAAGAACCACCAAAAUGAAUGGGAUAUUAAUUUGUCGAAAUUUCAACUAGCAUAUAAUACAGUGUCACAUGCAGGACCACAAAUUUCCCCAUUCUAUCUCAACCACGGUCGUGAAGCUGUCGUUAAACGCGAAUUAAGAACUUCCGAAGAUAAAUUACCCCUAGAUGAAGCUCAGAAAAGUUGGGUGGACAGAAUGUCAAAAAUCGAUGAAUUUCGAUACAAAAUAGAGAUGUUUUUAAAAAAGAAAAAUGAUGAACGAUUAGCCAGAGAGAAUAAAAAUAAGUCGAUUCAAGUCGAGAUCAAAGUAGGUUCCGAAGUUUUCUACCAAAAUAAUAAAAUAAGUAACAAAGCUGAGAAUUACAAUACCCAGUUAGCACAUCGCUAUUUGGGUCCGGUGGUAGUUAAUAAAUUAUUGGGUCCAAUGACUGUGGAAUUCGUCGACAGACAUGGUAAAAAAGUUGUAAAAUACUAUGUCACCGAUCUGAAAAUUCCCCGACAUAGCUUUAGGAGAAGGAAAUUUCCUUCUACAGAUCAGACGACCCUGAACAUCAUGGGAGACAACGCGGACAAGGCCACGCUGGAUCAGCAGCUGCAAAGUGGAGGACAGCCAGUCGACAAAGUACUCGAGCUCAAUGACAAAGGCCUACGUGGCGACGAAGCGAUGUCUGGGUAA